GUGUAAGCGGCAUGUAUACCGUAUCCUAUCAGUAUCUAAAGAACAGUCUAGUUGGGUAUACUCCCGAGACGUGGCCCGAUGGAGGUGUUUACUCACUCCCAGAGGAACUAAAAAUUGUUUUUUAACAAAUUUUCCGACUACUCCAUCACCAUUUUAAUGUUAUUUAAUUAUCCGAUAUAUUUCGCCGAGAUUUAUGCGCUCCUCGACCGUGACGAAAAUGAAGGGAAGCCGUGAAGUGAGAAAUCAAUAACAUGUGAACUAGAGUGGGACAUUCAAAUCUGUUUGUUGCCAAAAUAAUGUAGGAUUUACAGUUUUGAUACAACGUUAGACCUGUGCUCAAUGAUACGUAUGACACGAUGAAGGGGAGAUUGGUAAACAAAUUAUCCGCUCUGCAUAUCAGAUGAGAUAUUCGUGUCUCUAAUGCGGGUGAAAUGAGUCAAUCGGAUAGAACAAUUUCGUGUGAUUAAAUGAUAUAAACAUAUCGCUGGGUGUGUGGAAGAUGCCGGAGAGCAUCCGCGAGGGGAGAGAUUUUCUCAUAUCAUUCAGGGGGAGGGCUACAACUGUUGUGCGAAAAAUGAGGAAGAGGGUUGUGGCGGGAUGCUGCUUGGGGACAAUACUCUGUAUUUUUGUUUUUACCAGCAACAAUUAUCUCAUUCAGAGGAUGACGCCCUUCUUCAUCGCACCACCGGAAGAUAUAAGUUGCUAUACUGAAGUGUCAACGCCGGAAUCCGUUCAGACACUUCUCACCACUGAUGUGCGAAGCGCUCUAAAUGGGUCCAAUAAUAUAUUCUUCCAUGAAACAUCGUGUUUUGGAGAUGAGGGCAUCACCCUCACCGCGAGACAAGCUUGUGCUGUGGAAUCAGCGGCCAAAAUAAAUCCACAAAUGCAAGUUUACUUGCUCCUGCUCAGUCACUCAAACUUCUCAACAGCGACAAGGGAAACUAUUCGUGUUCUGUCGGCCUACAAGAACAUCAAGAUCAGACGAAUAGUCAUGGAGGAGUACGUGAAGAAUACACCACUGGAGGAGUGGUGGCUAUCGGGGAUUCUGAGAACGAGUAAAUGGCCCAGAAGUCACAUGUCCGAUAUCCUCAGGUAUCUGACCCUCUGGAAGUUCGGGGGAAUUUAUCUCGACCUCGACGUUGUCGUCACGACGUCACUGAAGAAGCUCACGAAUUUCGCGGGAGCAGAGGAUUGGGAGGACGUGGCCGCUGGUGUUCUUGGAUUCGGAACGACUGGUUUAGGGCGAAGGAUCGCCGACGCUUGUAUACGAGAUUUAAAAAAGAAUUUCCGGGGCGAUGUCUGGGGGAAUAAUGGCCCAGGUGUCAUUACAAGAACCCUCCAGAAAUUGUGCGCCACUAAAUAUGCUCGAGACAUGACACCUCACAGAUGCCGUGGCUUCACCGUCUACCCACCAUCGGCUUUCUACCCAAUUCACUACAAAAAAUGGAAGUUAUAUUUUGACGAGAAGGAAAGAAACUCGACGAUGAACAUAAUCCACAGGGCGUUAGCAAUUCACGUCUGGAACAAGCUCAGUAGCUCCGAAGUCAUUUCAUCCCCCAGUCAGGUGCCAUACGCCAUUGUAGCCAGUGAAUAUUGUCCCAAGAUUUACAAUCACUCUGGAAAAUUCUUCUGAACACAUCGUCAAAUUUAGUGUGACAAAGCGACAGGGGAUAUUGACAUUUUGUACUGAAUUUUACCCGGAAAUUAUCGGAGAUAAAAAUCCCUGCUCAUUCAGUAUUAUUCAUAUCAGUCAAGUAGAUGAUCAUUUCUGUUGCAAAUACGCCGAGGGAAAUACUCCAGAAAAAUCCGCGUCCAUCAGCUACAUAAAUUCUAGCUCUGUUCAUAAUUUCUGUAAAAGUUUACUGACAUAAGGUCAUAUAAAAAAUUAUGUAGAGCUCCACAUCCAAUGAUUCAAAAAAAUCAUCUGGAAAUGUCCGGUAUCGGAAAUUAAUUUGUUUUCUAGAGAAUUUCUCGCAGUGUAUAAUCGAAAAAUCCCAGACAGUAUCAACAUAUCAUGUCUGCAAACUACGGCCUGUGCUGAGAGAAAUUUAAACAGUAAUUUUCAUGACAAAGGAUUUUUUUAUUGUUGCGAUAUAAAUAAUGGAAUGACAGAUUUAAUUAUUCCAUUAAUGGGAAAAUUAUAUCACCAUGUCGAGGGCACUGUGACAAAUUUCUCUCAGCACACUCCUCAAUCAGUUAGAGUAUAGUCCAUAAGUACAAACAAUGCCAACGUUGACGUUAUCAAUCAUCAGUAUUCGUAAAUUUCAUUGCUCAAUAAUUAUGUAGAUAUCCAACUGCAAGACUUAUUUCGUGUAGUUGCCCCUAAUAAUAUGUUCAAGUGUUCAUACCUUCACAGCCCUCACACGACGUGAAUUAAUUCUAAAAAAUGUUCCCCUGGACAAUCAAAAAAGGAACUGUAAUUUAUUGUAGAAUCUGAUUUUUAAUGUUGCUUUUUAAUUAAUUAUUCAGUCAACGUGCUGAGGAAUAGAACUGUGGCAUUCAACAGUUAGUUAUUGUUUAUUCUGACAAUAGUGAGGAAUGCAAAUUUUAAAAGAGGAAGUAACAGUGGGUGAAGGAGAAGUCUCACCUAAGGAGCUGAGAAAUAUUUUUUAAAAGUAAAGAAAAAAAUUGGAAAUCUCAAAAUUUACCACUGAUGCGUCAAGUAAUAUGACGCGAAUCUGAUGGGGUUUCGUUGUGUGGACGAACGUAAUGAAAGAGCAUUUGUCAUUUGCAAUUUGUGUACGAGUCGACAGAUAUUUAUUGUCUGGGUGAUUAAUUACAACUCAAUGCUCUGUAAUAAAAGCUGUGCUCAGUUCUCCCGCAACGCUCAUUUCGACCAUUAAAUAAUAUGUUGUAAAUUUUAGUGGUGUAACAUUUUUGCCAACAGUGAAAGUGAUUAAACAAUAAUAAAUGGAUUUUUGUGAUAAAA